GAAGGCUGAAGGAGGAUGAGUCCAGCGAAUCUGGAGGAGGAGUGCUUGAAACUUCUGAAAGGAGAGCGAGACGAACAGCGUCUGGCUGGGCUUCUUCUGGUAACCAAGUUCUGCAAAGCUGAGGAUCAGUCCUCAGUCCGUAGGGUCUACGAUGCGGUUGGACCUCACUUUCUCUAUCGCCUCCUCAGAACCGGUAUGGCAAGCGGAGGAGGAGGCCUCAACGAUAACCGGAAUGCCUACUUAAGCUUAUCCAUCACGGUUCUCGCCACAUUUUGUCGUGUUCCAGAUAUUGCUUCCUCGGAGGACAUGCUUUUCUAUAUCCCCCUUGUCUUGGAAGUAAUAUCCACCGGGUCUGUCUUAUCUGUUCUUGAAGAAUGCUAUGAGUUUCUAUACUUGGUGUCAGCUGCUUCUGAAAGUGGAAUCGCGAGAUUUUUCGAAUCCGGAGGCAUCAAGAUACUAGCUUCUCAAAUGCGUUCUCUUCACGAUGGUUCACAUCUGAUGGAAUUAUCUUUUAAACUUUUGCAAUUGAUUCUGGGUAGGACGUCCUCGGACAUAAUUCAGAAUAAUGACUUAUCUGAAAUCUCAGUUAUUGUGGCAGCAAUAGCAAGGCAGUUUGCUGUCUUGCACAAUUCCUUGAAAUUUGAAGCUCUCCACCUACUAAAUGCCAUUCUUUCCUCAAAAGAUUCAUCACAACUUCGUGAUGCCUUCCGAUUACUUCCUCAAGAUAGCUGGUCACCCAAUAUACGCAUUGGUAUAAUGGCUAUUUUGCAGAAUCGUGUUGCACCUGCUGAAAGGUUGCAGGCUCUCAUUUUAGCCGAGUCUAUGGUUUCCAUGUAUGGAGAAGAUUGGUUGAUUGGCCAAGUAAGCACAAAUGAUGCACUAGAUCCAGCUCCAGCUGACAUGUGCUUGUUGCUUGUCUUGGAGCAGUCAAGGGUUGAAAUUGCUGUUCUUCUGAAUGAGUUGGCGUACUUAAAAUAUGAAGCACCUCAGGAUACUUCUGCCACAGCUGAAGCAAUUUUUUCAAAGCGACAUAAUGUGGCUGUUGCUUACUCCUUGGUUGAGAGGAUAAUAAAAUUAAUAUCAAAUGUUGAAGGAAAUGAUGGAAACCUCCUUGAUGAAGGCACAUUGACAAAGCUGAUUCACCAACUGAAUGAGACAAUUGCUGUUGUACUAGAGUAUUUAGAAGAUGCAAAGGAACAUGGGCAAAAGAAAGGAGAUGAUUUACUUGCUUCAGUGCGAAUUAUUGGGAGCUAUCUUGCAGAAGCACCUGUAGCAUGCAAGGAGAAGGUUCAAGAUCUUUUAGGGUAUAUGCUUUCUCUUGAAGGUGAAGAUGAACAAAGGCCCUUCUACGCUGUUUGCUUUCUGCUACCUAUGUUGUCUCAAAUUACUAUGGAGAUUGAAGGAUGCAAAGCUUUGGCUUCAUGUAAAGGACUUGAGGCUGUUUUAGAUUGCUUCAGUAAAUUAGUUGGGUCACAUGCUUUUCUGGUUGAGGAUAAUGGUUGCAUCUUUAUGGCAUGUGAUACAAUAAUGAAUCUUUUAUUAAAGAAAGACAAAGUUCAGAUAAAGUUGGAUGUAUCAGCUAUUGUUGAUCUUCUUAAAGUGUUGGCUCAUUGGUCAGAAAACACUGAUGAAAUGUCAAGUAUGAUGAUGGCUUCAAGCAUUUGUACACUGAUAUUUGAUUAUACAUCAGAAGAGGCUCUUUUAAACUGUCCAGAUUUCGACUAUAGAACUCUUAGCAGUCUUUAUCUUCUCAUUGCAAGAUGUCUGGCAUCAUCAGAACAGGAUACUAAAGUGGAUAUGGAUCUUUCUGAGAUUGUCUCUUCUGGCUUCUCUCGAUGGGCUCAUCGGUACCCCCACAUCAGAGACGCUGUCAAGAACUAAUUUUGAUCCUCUCGAUCUGGAUUAGUUAGAGAUGGAUACUUUCAACUUCCAAGGUAUUAUCAUUGUUGAAGUGAACUAAUGAUGUGCCAAAUACAUGGAAUUGGAAAAAGACUACCUAUCAGAGGAUUGAAGCUCAUGGUUACAAAUCAAUGCCUUUAGAUCGCAUCCCUCCUUGCCCAUAACCGGUUAAAAAGGGACACAGACCUUUUGUUACAAGUAGGAAAAACCAUGGUCUCCACAUAUUGUGAACAUACUAUGAGAAAUUUGAAUACGGAGACUUGUGACGCUUGUUAAAAAAAAAGAAUUUGUUCGUUUUAGCACAGGAUAGAAAAAUAAAUAGUCGUCUGUAUAUCCAAACUGUUUGUACCAUUAUUUUCCGUUAGGAGAUAUAGGUUUUAGAUAACAUUUUAAUCCAUGUUUUUCUUAUUAGAUUUUGGUCCCUAAUUUCUUUUUUCUUUUGGUAUUGAUUUAUAAUCUUUAUGCAUUCACAUUUUUUCUAUU